ACAUAAAAAUACGAACUUCCUUUGUCAGUUGAUCGCUUCUUUAAAUUAAGUUCAUACUUGAUGUCGAUCUAAGUCUAGAAUCUAGUCUAGAUCUAGAUCUAGAUAUAAAUUAUUCUAAAUACUAUUAAGUCGGGCUGUUGACGGUGCUGCCAUGUACUAGUCUAGUUUUUAAGUUAAAUUCUAGACUUCUGGACCAAAAAGUAGAUCCACAAUUCUACCCCUUCUGCUGUUCAAAUGGAGGCAAUAAAUUCUUUGGUAGCUGCAUUGGACAUUGUUAUGAAUCCACAAGCUACAAAUGAUGAAAGACAAAAAGCUCAAAAGUUAUGUGAAGACUUUAAAGACAAUACUGAUCCUCAAGAAUGUAUUAAGUGUGGGCUUCAGCUGGCCCGGAAAAACAAUUCUCCAAUGGUUCGACACUUUGGCUUGCAACUUAUAGAACACUGCAUCAAGUAUCGCUGGGAAGAGGUUGAACAUCAAGACAGGUUUCAGCUGAAAAGGAAUAUUUUGCAGCUAGUGAAUGGGGGCACCCAUGACAUUUUAGAAGAAGCACAGCAUAUCAAAGAUGUAAUAUCCAGAGUUGUUGUGGAGAUAGCUAAAAGAGAUUGGCCACAGUGCUGGGCAAACCUGUUUCCAGAGUUUGCUCAGAUUUGUGAUAAAGGGGUGACACAGACUGAGAUUGUGUUACAAGCACUUUUAAGACUCGCGGAAGAUGUUGUCCGCUUUCAAAAUCUUCCUAGUGGUAGGCGAAGGGAAAUUUUACAAGGCCUGACCUUUGCAUUGCGGCCAUUAUUUGAGUUUUUCCUCUCUACACUAAAUGAGAAUCUCAAGGUUUACAGAGCCCAGGCUGGUCUGCCCUCUGAAAGGGCACUUAAGGUCUGCCAGUCUGUGAUGGACACACUAACAGCCUACGUAGACUGGGCCCACAUAAAUCACAUCAUCGAUUCUAACUUGCUACCUUUACUAUGUUCCCUUCUGUUAGACAAGGAGCUGUGCCUUAGAGCUUCUGAGUGUUUACUGCUUAUUGUUGGCAGGAAGGGCAAGCUAACAGAAAGAAAACCGUUGAUGAUAUUAUUUUCUGAAGAGGCUAUGACAGUUUUGCUGCAGGCAGCUAAUAAUGCUACAGAACACAUCACAGAGUCCACCAAUUUUUUAUUUUUGAAAAGGCUUUGUGAAAUUUUAUUAGAGAUUGGCAAGCAGCUGUGUACUUUGUGGGGGUCCGCAGAAGACACAGGUCAGCCUCCAAACUUUGAAAUGUAUCUAAAAGCAUUGCUUGCAUUCACUCAGCAUCCUAGUCAAAGUCUACGUCAGAUGAUUUAUACCAUGUGGUUAAUUUUUUUAAGACAUCCAAUAGCAUCAAAGGACCCUGUAUUUCAGUGUGUGGUGCCUUUACUAAUCAAAUGUGGGAUGGAUUGCUUACUAAAGGUUGGCUUCCCUAGUCAGUACAACUCAGUGAGCUGUGACUACUCCAGGCUAGAGUUUGAUUCUGAUGAAGAAUUUAAUGUUGUUCUUUCUAGUUUGCGAGUUUCUGUUGUGGAUUCAAUUAGAACCAUGACCCUGAUGGUGCCCAUGUUAACAUUUAACAUAGCUUCCUCAUGGUUGACUGAACUUCUUAGUAAACCCAUAGAAAUUGGCAGUGGUGCAGGUGCAGAUAAAGGAAUCUGUAACCUAAGUUCACCAUCUUUUAUUUCGUGGGAUGCCUGCAGUGUGUUCCUUGAGGCUGUAAUGUCAAAGCUGUUUCUUGGAGAAGGGGAAAAACCCAAUGUUCAAGAAGGGAUUGAUCUUCUUCAUAGAGUGUUAGAAUAUCAAAUGCAGGAUCCUCUUAUUCUAUCUGCUGUGUUAUCAUGUAUUUCUGGGUUGUUUCCAUUCUUGAACUACACACCUAAAACUUUGCCAAGAGUUUUAGCCAAGAUAUUUGAUGCGGUGGUCUUCAAUUUACCUGGCCAAACCAAAUCUACCAGAUCUCAAGCUGUCAAGAAUGUCAGAGUCCAUGCUUGCUCUGUUUUAGUUAAAAUAUGCAAGAACUAUCCUGAUUUACUCCUACCUGAGUUUCGGCACUUGUAUAAUUGUGUGAAGCAGCUGGAUAGCGAUAGAGAACAGUUGAGUCAGAUGGAAAAGAUUAUCCUUAUAGAAGCUCUCAUUAUUGUUAGCAAUCAGUUUCAUGAUUUUGCUAGCCAGUCCGCAUUUAUUGAAGAGGUUAUAACUCCAGUUAAAGGGCUUUGGUCAUCUGAAGACUUCAGACGGGCCUUCAGUUCUCCAGCAUGUUUCAUGUCUUAUGUUGGGCUAGACCAGGCAGCAGUAGAGCCAAGCAGUGCCGACACGUGUGGCAUCAACAGGUCACAUAUCACAUAUUGCAUUAACACAAUACUAGCUGUAAUCAAACGUAGCCAGUGGCCAGAAGAGUUUUCAUUGGCAGAGAGAGGAGGAUUUGUUGUACAAGGGGACUGUGGUCAGUUCUUGCGGAAUCCUGCGACCCCAUACAUCUGUCCACUAUUAGAUAAUCUAAUUAAUUUAUUAAAAACUACCUGUUGUCUUUUCAAACCGGAAUACCUGGAACUUCGUCAUAUUGACUUUACUAAAGCAUAUGACCUGAUGGAGCAUGAUAGACUUAAUAUUUUAGGUAUCCCCCCGGCAUGUGUAGAUAACUCUGAUUCAUUGGUUUACAGACAUCCUUUGGAGCGCAUGCAAAAUUUUAUUACUGCAGUUUUUGAAUAUGGCUUUCAUAUCCUUGGUAAUGCAAGUCAGUGUCUAGGAGCAGAAUUUUACUCAGCCCCUGGAUUAUCUAGAGUCAUCAUAGAUAAUUUGUUGGUCAACUUCAAAUUACUGCCUGACUUUAGAGCCAAACUAUUUAUACGCAAUUUUAUAAAACCUUUUAUGCUAUGGUGCCCAAAAGAACAAUAUUCAACAGUAGCUGUCCCUGUGCUUGCUAGCAUUUGUCCAGAUAUUUAUAAGAGGUUGUCAGCACGAUGGCAGGUGAUUAAUCAAAGAGUUGAGAUUGAAGCGGAUCAUGAAGAUGCUGAUCCAGAAUCUCAAGAGGUUUUAGAAGAGCACAUAGUACGACAAAUGACUAGAGAGUACUUUGAUCUAUUAAGUUUGGUACUGACUAACAGAAGUGUUAGUGCAGAAAUCAAGGAGGAAGUUGCUAUGGAUGAUGGGGAUGGAUCGAAGCAGUCGGGGGGUUAUCCAGUACAGAAGGAGCUUAGUGAGUUGGGGGUGAUGAUUAUGGCUACGCAGGAUUUAUACCCAUCCAUUAUUAUGUGUGUCCUUGAUGGGUUUUCCUGGGCUGAUACCUAUACCUGCAAUAGAUGUACUCAGAUGUUGUGGCCACUCUCCAAACAGCUAGUUGCCAACAACCAGAUGUCUGAGGACGCUGCCCAGCAAGUAUUUAUGUCCAUCCUGAUAGGUCUACAGAUCCAUGGACAACAUGAGGCCUGUCAGUCAAAUCUUCUAACACUGGCUUUUACAUUCUAUGAGACGCUUAGACUCAAAUACCCUGCAAUUACACAUGUUCUCAAGCAAAUCCCUGGCUUGGAUCUACAGCUGAUCCAAAACCUUGAAGAUGAGUUAACUCAACCUCCAAAAGCUGGCCUUGAUAAGAAAAAGAGAGAAAGCUUCAGAAAGAUUCUGGCAAACAUCAUCGGGAAAAACGUUGGCCAGCAUUUUAGUCGCACCACACAGUACAGCAUUUUGCCUCGCUUGUUUUUAGAAUCUCGCAGACCAAAAGCCAUACAAUUGGAUGAAAUCGAGACAGAGAACUUGGGAUUAUGUGAGCUUUUCUCCCCUGCAACUGAUUAAUUCUUGUUUUUUUUUUGACAGAGAGCUAGAAUAUCUGACAGCUGCAUGACACUAUAGUUCAGUGCAUCCAGUAUAAUAAGGGCAUUUUUAUUAUCUGCACUAUGUGCAACAACACAACAUGUAUAUAGUGAAGAUAUUGAGAAGUUUGUAGGUGAAAGGUUUUUUUUUUUUUGUGUAUUGUUUUACUUUUUAAUGUCUUGGAUCGAUGAUAUUCCAGCUCUCUAAAAAUAUUGUUUUAAGAACUUUUUUUUCACUGAACGGUUUCUGUUAGGAUUGAUAUUUUGAAUAUUUUGAUUGUUCAAAAGAUUAUUGUAUUUUUGAAAAAAAAUUAUUCACUUUUAUUUUUUAUGAAAGUUGUCUACUUUUUAGUAUAAAUUUGUGUCAAGCAAAACUGUUUGUCAACAUUAUGUAUUGUUGCUGGAGAUUUUUAGGUAAUUAUCAGGAAUUGUGCAAUAGACAAUCUAGUUCAGUGGUCACUAUCCUGCUUUAUGUCUGUUAAU